AUGCAUUUCUUCCCUGGCCCACGGCGUGCUCGUGCACGGGCGGAGGCCCCUUCCUCGCCGAAACCCCGCAGCCGCAGCGCCCAGCUUGCAACGGCGAGUCUCCUCCCUGAUCCUCGUUCUCGCGGGGCCCAGUCCGGAAAGGCGGGCGGACGACGCCCAACAAAAGGCCGCCGGAAAACGACUUUGGUUGGGAAGGUGCAGAAGCCGGCCGGUGUGCGGUCUCCGUCCCGGGCUCGCCGAAGGGCGCCUCGCAGUCGCCCGCAUCCGCGCGAAGGCCCCGCUCAAAACAGGGCCAAUGCGGCUUCUUCCUCUCGUGCGAGGCGGGUGGAAGCCAUGCGCACGGCCGCCCAUUCGUCCGUUGUGGUGGGGCGGUGCGCAGCUGACUGGGCCGCCGUGACCACGCGACCGCGCCGGCACUCCGAGGACCCGCGGGCUCUGCAAAGCCGUGGCCUCAAUAGCCGCAGCCGCGCUCCUCCUCGCCGCCGCAGGAGGGGCAACACGGCCCAGCGUCGGCAAAGCGCCAGAGCGGGCACUGCGAGAGGACCUUUGCGCAGGGCGGUGAAGAGGCAGAGGGCGCCUGCGACAAUUCAGACCCCGCGCGGUGUGGAAUGCGUUGGCGGGGUAGCGCCGCAUGGCUCCUUGAGGCUGAGGUGUGCCGAGGUGUGCUUGCCGCUCCGCAGCCCCGCACCGGCAGGAACACGCCCCAUGGGAAUGCCGCAACUAUUGCACACGCCUCAAGUUGCACAGAGGCAAGUGUGGAGCAAGACGCCGGGGAGGCGCCCCAAUGCCCUCCGUGGCCAGCGCCCAAAGGCAGGGCAGAACCCGCGCAGGGCGCCUCACGCCCGCCCACAUGCGCACAGCGAAACCGCGGCACACCGAAUUGAGCGGCGCCUCGCCACCAGAUGCAGGCGGACAGCACGGGCACUGCUCGUGCCACGGCAGUUUCGCCGCGUGGUAGCCAAAAAAGUGGGAAAAAGCGCCAUAGAAAUUGCGGCGCCCACAGAAGAGCUGCUCAGCGACGACGAGCCCCCGCUGCAAACCCCUCGCGCGAAGGCCUACGAAGAGGGCGCCGCGGCCGCAGCGCACCCCGGCGUCCCUGGCAUUUGCGGAGCACCGCCAACCCGCGCACGCCGCCGCCAAAAAUCAACGGCCACCAUCGGCUGA